AUGGGUAAGAAACAAGCUGGCCCCGCCUACAUCCUAGGCGUGGGCAUGACCAAGUUCAUCAAGCCCCGUGGCAAGGUCGAUUACAAUGAGCUGGGCUACGAGGCCGGCAUCAAAGCCCUGCUUGACGCCCACAUCACCUACGACGACGUUGACCAGGGUGUCGCAUGCUACGUUUACGGCGACAGCACCUGUGGCCAGCGUGUGUUCUAUCAAUUCGGUCUCACCAACAUCCCUAUCUACAAUGUCAACAACAACUGCUCGACUGGUUCUACUGGCUUGGCCAUGGGUCGCACCAUGGUUUCGCAUGGUGCUGCCGACUGCGUCCUUGUCGUCGGCUUUGAGAAGAUGAAUCCCGGUAGCUUGCAGUCAGUGUACAACGAUCGCACUAACCCGACCGGCCUGUUUGGAACAAUGAUGGCGGAGACGCGCGGAGUUACCAACGCUCCCGGUGCUGCGCAGAUGUUCGGAAACGCUGGUCGGGAAUACAUGGAGAAGUACGGCGCAAAGAACGAGGACUUCGCUGAAAUCGCCCGCAUCAACCACGAGCACUCCAAGCGUAACCCCUACUCCCAGUUCCAGGACGAAUACAGCCUCGAGCAGGUCAUGAAGGCACCCAUGAUCUUCGAGCCCCUUACCAAGCUUCAGUGCUGCCCGACUUCGGAUGGUGGUGCUGCUGCCGUCAUUGUCUCCCAGGAGUUCCUCGAUGCCCGCCCACACCUGAAGGACCAGGCCGUUCUGAUCGCUGGCCAGACUAUGGCCACCGAUACUGACCAGCUCUACAACACUAGCGCCAUCGAUCUGAUGGGUUUCGGCAUGUCGCGACAUGCGGCCCGCACUGCGAUCGCCGAGGCCGGUGUGAAUGUUAAAGAUAUCAAGGUCUGCGAGUUGCACGACUGCUUCUCUGCCAAUGAGAUGAUCACGAUCGAUGCCCUCGAGCUUUCUGAGCCCGGCAAGGCCCACGAGAUGGUCCGCCGUGGCGAUAUUACCUAUGGUGGUAAGAUGGUGAUCAACCCUUCAGGCGGCCUCAUCUCGAAGGGUCACCCGCUCGGUGCAACUGGUAUUGCGCAGGCUUCUGAGCUGGUCUGGCACCUGCGUGGCUGGGCCAACAACCGUCUUAUUGAUGGCACGAGCGCUGCUCUGCAACAUAAUCUUGGUCUGGGUGGUGCCGUUGUUGUCAGCGUGUACAAGCGUGCUGAUGGCAAGGUUGCCGCUGCCGUCCCAUCAGAUGUUGUCGCCAAAAUCACAGGCCUUGGCUACAACCCGGCCGUCGAGGCUCGUGGGUUCACUGCUGAGCAGGCCAAGUCAGUAUGCAGCAAGAACCACAGCAGUGCAUAUGCUGUCGGUGAUGCCCAUGAGCGGGUUCUUGCCCGUUUCUAA